AUGAACGGAUCACCUUCUUUAGCUUCACCUAUCCCCACUCUACCUCAUCAAUCUCCUUCUCCUUCACCCCGUCGAGGUACAGGUACAGGUGCAGCAGCAGGUCCUUCGUCUCCUCGGCCACCCAGAGUCUCGAUGGGUCCUCGACUGCCUAGUAUUUCAGCUUCGCAGACCAUGGAUUAUGAGCAAAGUGAUUCUCCAAGAACGAGCGUUGUAAUGGGAUUUUCACCUGUGUCCUCACAUCAGGCGUUACCAGCUGUUCCAGAAGCAUCUCCCAGCUCUCCCCGUCCACCUGGAUUGACCUUGAACAAUGUCAAUAGGAGAUUAUCAACCUUGUCUCCGCAGAUGACAACACCUGUGGAUCAGGUCUUUCAAUGGACUGAAGGUUCACCUCGACCUUUAGCUACAUCUCCCCGUGGGCUAGCAAGCGAAUUUCCGCCCCGAUCACGUCGAAACUCAGCCGCUAUCGUAUCUAUCAGUUUGAGUUCUCGCUCGAGAUCCCGCACUCCUCGAGGUAACACUGCUACUCUACCAGGUCAACAGAGCGGAACAGGUACACCCAACAAAGGUUCAUCUUCUGCUACUCCUCGAGGUGAUGAUCAUGCGCACGGUACAAAAGAAGUAGUGAUUCAGAUGGGCGAGGCGUGGGCACCUGGAGUCGAAGACAUGGAUGAUUGGCAACCAGCUGGAGGCAUGUUACUGGAUGGUGAUGAAUCUGCUGCGACGGAAGAGGAUGAAGAUGAGUUUGAUCAAGACAAGGAGAGAUCAUGGACAGGAUUUUCAGACGAGUCACCUCAUGUUGAGGAACCUCUGAAGCCUGGGAUGUUGAUCGGGGAAGGAAUGGAAUUUCAAGGUGAAAUCGUCGUACCCGCUGUUGGAAGAAUAGGCUCAGGUGGUGACGAGGACGUUGGAUUACCUCUCAGAAGAGGGGGAAGUGAAGCUACUAAAUUCACUAGAGGUGAUGGUAGACAAGAAAAGAAAAGAUACGAAGUUGUAAGGAAACUAGGUACUGGAAGUUAUGCUGUAGUAUAUCUUGUGAGGGAAAAGGGAGGCAGACAUCGGGAGUUUGCCUUGAAAUGUCUAAGUAAACAGGAUCUCGAGGAGGAACAACUUGAAACCCAAUUAUUCGAAGCUCAUAUCCACUUAUCAUUACCCAUACACCAGAACAUUGUAACUUUACAUCAAACCCUUCAAACUAGAAAAUGGCUGUUUCUCAUGUUGGAACUGUGUCCAGGAGAAGAUCUUUUCUACUGGCUUGAGAAAUCUCGAGAUGCUUCUCCGCACACUGCACCUAUCCCUUUACCCAAUGAACGAAGUGGCGUGAUGUCCUCAUCCAAAUUCUCUUCCUCGUCAAUCCCCUUCUCAUCAUCUCAGAUGUUUUCCAACCUCAACGGCAUGUCAUCAUCCUUCUCCAAUUCACCCGCCAACACUUUCUCCCAAUUCAGCGGAUCACCAGCUUCACUUCUCUUUGCUCACCACAAUGGUCAUCAUCAUUCACACCACCAUACUCCUUCUCAGACUCCUCCUACCCCAAGUCUCCUUUCUGCAUUCUCUGCAAACACGUUGCUCAGCCAAAGACGUCUACGAUUGAUUGCCUCAAUGUUUAGUCAGAUGUGUGAAGCCGUAUCAGUCUGUCAUGAUGCUGGAGUCAGUCAUAGAGAUAUCAAACCCGAAAAUUUCAUCUGUUGUGAUUCGAUAGAAUUAGAAGCUGCAAUAGAUGGUGAAUAUGGGGAAGAUCAGGAUGAAGGAAAGCCUCUCGACUUUGGUCCUCAAGCUAAGCGUAAAGUCGUUGUCAAGUUGACCGAUUUCGGUUUAGCUACCACAGAGGAGGAAAGUGGAGAUGUGGAAUGUGGAAGUAAACCUUACAUGUCUUAUGAGUGCCGUAACAAUCUUGGUCCCACUUACUUCCCUGCUCAUGCCGAUGUAUGGUCUCUUGGUAUUGUACUCAUCAAUAUGCUUUUCCACCGAAACCCCUGGAAAGAUCCCACACCCGGUGAUCCUAACUUUGACAAUUUUUUGAUGGAUCCUAUCGGAUUCCUCUUGUCCAAAUUUACCGGUAUCGGUAGAGAGGUUGCUUCUUAUCUCGCUGACCACGUUUUAUGUAUCGAUGUUGAUGCUCGAAUUUCUGCCACAGAGUUCGGCAGGUGGAUCAAGAGCUUGCCUGAUAUGAUUGGUGGAAGAAAAGCACUUCAAUCUCUCAAGAUAUCUAGAAUGGAGAAUCAAAGAACACCUACAGAAAAAGGUUUAUUCAUCAAGUCGCCUAUCGCCACCACCCAAGACACAUCGAGGAAAUUUUCCGCUUCCGCACUCACCUCAUCUGCACCAGCUCUAUCGAGUCUUCCUCCUCCGUCUCAAUUGGCUCAGCUUGAAGAUCACAUCCCCGAAGAAGAGGCUUCCGUUACUACUCCUCCUCUCGAACAUGACCAAUACGAGUUGACAUCGGCAACCACCGUUGACGAACAACCGACUCCUGUGGAUACCAGUGAAUACGCUUCUCCAGAAACGGUCGACGACGAAUGCGAUACUUUUGUAGCCGAGUCAAUAGCCGAUGACUCUGAACGGGCAGAUGGGGACUCUCGAUCUCUUUCGACUCAUAAAAGGAGAAAGAGGGGAGUUCGGAAAGGUAAAGCUGCAAAGGCAGCUGCACUCGCUGCAGCAGGGGGAGAACAACCGUCUCAGGAAGAACGAGAUGCUUUACUCGCUGAACUCACAGAGGCAUCUCAAACCCUCGCUAGGGAAGUAUCCAAGUUCUCAAAUCCUUCAGAAUUCGAUGCUACUAGAGUUGAAGAUUUCCCACCACUUGGAACGACACCUGCUCAAGCUGCCGAAGCUAAGAAGUCUAAAUGGAAAGACAUGAUGAAACUUUCUCAAGGUAGUAAUCCUGAACUUGCAGCCUUGGCUAGAAGAGUAGCAGAAAGAGAUGGCAGCUUGAACUUAUCGGCACCUGCUAAACUCCAACAAGGUAAUCAAAAGUAUUCACCAUUAGCAUCGAAACAUCUACUUCGACAGACGACCACUGUUUCAUCUGGCAUUUCGAGUGCAUUAUCUAGUUUCGGUCCUGUUUCAAGCGCGACCAGUUCCGCUGAUGAUGAAGAUUGGAGGAAACCUAGAGCUAAACCUUCGCCGUCUGUCGUCAACGAGCAAGAUGAGGUUGUGAACAGAGGAAGAGACAAGACUAUACACUCAACGAGACGAAAUGAAGAUCACUCAAGAGCUAGAAAAGCUGCUCUAGCAGCCGCUGCGAUAACCGGUGGAUUUGGUGAAAUGGGUGCAUUUGGUAAACCUUCUGGAUUGAGUUUGGCUCAACCAAUACAAACCAAUCGACCAUUGAACAACCCUGCUACUACCACCGCUGCCGCCCCUGCUCCUGCUCCUGCUCCUGCUGCCACUCCCUCUUCCUUUGGUCUUUCAGCUAAACCUGUUGUUCAACCAACAACUUACACGAUCAGAGAUUCUGUUCCUAUUGGAAGUGCACCAACUUUAGCUCAACAGGGGCAAGGCAAAGCUCCUUUCAGAUCUGGUCUUUCACACACUCAUGCAAUGUCGAUGGAUGGUGCCAGUAAUGAUAUUCCAAAUUUCGCUCCCAGCAAGACUUAUGGCAAGAACUCCAUUGACAACACCACCGCAUUCGCCAGACCAGCUUUAUCGUCCAAAGAAAGCUCUUCGACCAUCACUUCUUCUCCAUCUGUACAAUCACAAAACGCGAACGCGACUACUACCCCUGCUGGACCUAAUAAACCGAAAUUAAAAGGUCAAAUUCAUACUCUUGCCAAGAUGUUGAGUGGUCUUAAAACAAAAGGAAAGGAUUAA